GGAGCACGGCAAGGGUCUGAUCAGCCACAAGGACCCGACCAAGACCCCUACUACCAAGCACAAGACCAAGGAGGAGAUGUUGGCCAGACCCAUGCACCAGGACAAGCACUGGAUCAACCACAGACCCCAGUUCAACAUCUCCAGGGAGCACAAGAAGCCUCUUACGAGCCAGAGGUGCCAGAAAUAGAGAGCAGCCAGAGCUACGUGCCAGGACAAGGCCCUCAUGCACAGCAGGCAAGGCAGCACAUGUAUCAGUCAUACGCACUGGGAUUAGACCCUAACCAAAUACAGCAACCAGAGAGCGCCUACGAGACAUACGCAGAAGGACGAGAUCCCUAUCAAGCUUAUGAAUGUGAGCACGGCCCCUAUCAGCCACAUGAACCUGGUUACGGUCUUUAUCAGCCAGGAUACGGUCCAUACGAUGAUCAGGUACCCAAUCUCAAAUCUCAAAUGCUGGCAAUCCAGAACGCAAAAGCCUAUUUACUGAAGAGCAGCACAACAUCUGGUCUGAACUUAUACGAUCAUCUUGCUAAUAUGCUAACAAAAAUCCUGGAUGAACAUCCUGCAAAUGCAGUAGAUAUAAUUGAGAAUAUCAGCAAGGAUGUGAAGUGGGCUCAGUUUCAGAAAAAGAUGGAUACUCUUCGAGAUGAACAUGAGAUUCUUCCAACAUUUGAAGCUGCAGAAAAGCGUAAAGCUUUGUUCCUCAAGGCAAAUGGAGAAGGAGAUGAAGAACUAGAAGAAGAGAUAGGUGAGACCCCUCUACCUAAUGUGAUGGAAACAGCCUUUUAUUUUGAACAGGCUGGAAUUGGCUUGAGCAAAGAUGAAUCUUAUCACAUAUUCCUUGCCCUUAAAAAACUAAUUAGUGUUCAGCCAAUCCAGACCUGUCGCUUCUGGGGCAAAAUUUUGGGCCUGGAGAUGAACUAUAUUAUAGCUGAAGUACAGUACCAUGAGGGGGAAGAGGAGGAGGAGGAGGAGGAAAUAGAAGAGGAAGUUACUGAGGAAGGAGAGAAAGAGGUAGGUGAGGUCAAAGAUGAAGAUGAGGAGAAAAAAAAAGAAGACGAACCACCAAAGUCCACCUAUAAGCCCCUACCCAUCAUCCCAAAAGAAGAAAAUGGGACUGGGGCUAACAAAUAUGUCUACUUUGUCUGUAAUGAGCCAGGCAAACCCUGGGUGAAGUUGCCUCCAGUGACGCCAGCCCAGAUUGUCUGUGCCAGGAAAAUCAAGAAGUUCUUCACCGGCAGGCUGGAUGCUCCUGUCGUGAGCUUUCCUCCCUUCCCUGGAAACGAGGCCAAUUACCUGCGUGCACAGAUAGCUCGGAUCUCAGCAGGGACGCACGUCUCUCCCAUUGGAUUUUACCAGUUAGCAGAGGAGGAAGAAGAAGAGGAUGAGGGGGGCACAGGAAGAGAUACGUAUGAAGAAAACCCUGAUUUUCAGCCUCUUUCUGUGGCUGAAAUGGUAGAUUCUCUCUCCACAUGGGUACACCAUGUACAGAGUAUUCUAGAGCAGGGACGCUGUGUUUGGUUCAAUCCUUUUCAAAAAUCAGAGGAAGAAGAAGAAGAGGAGGAGGAGGAGAAAGAAGAAGAGCCAGAUGAACUAGAGCAAGAAAUAGGACCACCUCUUCUCACUCCACUCUCUGAAGAUGAAGGAAUGGAAAACCUCCCUGCCUGGACAGCUCGCCCUUCUACAGACGUGAUCCCACAAUAUGCUGUUGCAAUCCUGCAGUCCAACCGAUGGCCGGGAGCAUAUGCCUUUGCAUCUGGCAAGAAAUUUGACAACAUCUACUUUGGCUGGGGUCACAAAUACAGUCCCGAGAACCACACUCCUGCACUGCCUCUGCCUGUGCAAGCAGAGUACCCCAGCGGGCCAGAAAUCACUGAGACAAGAGACCCCACUCUGGAAGAGGAACUGGCUUUCAAGGCUGCGAGGGAAGAAGCUUUAGCUGCAGCCGAGGAAGAGGAGGAAGACGACGAAGAUGAGGAAGAGGAGGAGGAGGAGGAUGACUAA